AGUGCGGCAGUACAGGCGUACGUACGAGGAUAGCGUAUGUGUGCGAGUGUGUGCAGACGGUCGGCGGCUGUAGGGCACGAUAUAUGUAUAUACGGCAUAACUGCAGUGUGCAGUGCACCAAGUGUUUAACAGCGAGAAAGAGAUAGAUAUAGAGAGAGAGCCGAGAAAGAGAGAAUAAGAGCGAGAGCAGGAGAGACAAUAGGCCGAAGAAUCAUCCUCGGUAUCACGAAUCACGUUUUUCUCCAUCGUUUCGGGCCUCGCUACCUUAUCGAAAAUUUUAAUUUUUGUACACUUGGAGCUUGGUGUUGAACUGUUCGAGUAUUCAUUCUGCCGUUGUAAACUUGAUGCACUUCAGCCUGCCAGGUUACGUUUCUAACAGGACUGAAAUUCAUUGUCUGCGUUGGGGUCAAUGAUUAAAAGGAAGAAUAAAGUGUGUCCACCAACUUCAAUUGCAUAGGGCACUGUUAUUCAAAAUGAAGAGCGCUUUGCCAAAAAAGGAGAGCAAAAUGCGCAUCAGAGCAUUUCCAACAUCUAUGGAUGAAAGAUAUGUUGAAAACAUCUGGAAUCUUCUGAAAAGCGCCAUACAAGAAAUACAGAAAAAAAAUAACUCUAGUUUAAGUUUUGAAGAACUUUAUCGUAAUGCUUACACUAUGGUUCUUCACAAAUACGGUGAAAGACUUUACACUGGCUUAAAAGAAGUCAUAACUCAUCAUUUGGUGACCAAAGUUCGAGUUGAUGUUUUAGAGUCUUUACACAAUAACUUUUUACAAACAUUAAAUCAAGCGUGGAAUGAUCACCAAACAUCCAUGGUCAUGAUCAGAGAUAUCCUUAUGUAUAUGGACAGAGUUUAUGUUCAACAAAAUAAUGUGGACAACGUUUUUAAUUUAGGAUUAAUCAUAUUUCGUGAUCAGGUUGUUAGAUAUGGCUGUAUAAGAGAUCAUUUAAGAGACACUUUAUUAGGCAUGGUUGCAAGAGAAAGAAGAGGAGAGAUUGUUGAUCGUAUAUCUAUAAAGAAUGCUUGCCAAAUGUUGAUGCUCCUUGGAAUAAAUAGCCGCCAAGUUUAUGAAGAAGACUUUGAACGUCCCUUUUUACAACAAAGCAAUGAAUUUUAUAAAAUGGAGUCGCAAAAAUUUUUAGCAGAAAACAGUGCAUCAGUAUAUAUAAAACAGGUAGAAGCUAGAAUUACAGAAGAGUCAGAAAGAGCAAAACACUACUUGGAUGAGUCUACAGAGCCAAGGAUUGUAGAAGUUGUUGAAGAAGAAUUGAUCAAAAAGAAUAUGAAAACCAUUGUUGAGAUGGAAAAUAGUGGAGUUGUACAUAUGCUACAAAAUUUCAAAAUUGAGGACCUUGGUUGCAUGUAUAAACUUUUUUCAAGAGUAACGGAUGGAUUGAAAACCGUUUGUGAUUGUGUAUCAAAUUAUUUGAAAGAGCGAGGACGUGCAUUGGUCCAAGAAGAACAAGAUCCUGGAGCUAAUGCAGUUCAAUUUGUACAAAACUUAUUAGACUUAAAAGAUCGAUUUGAUCAUUUCCUCCAUCGUUCAUUUAACAAUGAUAAACAGUUCAAACAGAUGAUUGCAUCUGACUUUGAAUCAUUUUUAAACAUCAAUGCCAAGAGUCCUGAGUAUCUAUCGCUUUUCAUUGAUGAUAAAUUAAAAAAAGGAGUCAAAGGCAUGUCUGAACAAGAAAUUGAAGGAAUAUUGGACAAAACAAUGGUAUUAUUCAGAUUCCUCCAAGAAAAAGAUGUGUUUGAGCGAUAUUACAAGCAACAUUUGGCUAAAAGAUUAUUGCUCAAUAAAUCCGUUUCUGAUGACAGCGAAAAGAAUAUGAUAUCAAAACUAAAGACUGAAUGUGGCUGCCAAUUUACGUCCAAGUUGGAAGGAAUGUUUAAAGAUAUCACAGUUAGUAAUACAAUAAUGGAUGAGUUUAAAGAACAUGUAUCCGCUGUUGAUGCUUCAUUGAGUGGUGUUGAUUUGAGUGUGCGAGUUUUAACUACGGGUUUCUGGCCAACACAAGCAGCUACGCCCAAAUGUAGUAUACCCACCGCACCGCGAGGUGCCUUUGAAUCUUUCAGACAAUUUUACCUUGGAAAACACAGUGGGCGACAGUUAACUCUUCAACCACAGCUAGGUUCUGCGGAUCUCAACGCAACGUUUUACGGCAGUAAAAAAGAAGAUAAUUCUGUCGAAUGUCCGUCUUCUUCCACUGGACUUAGUAACGGUAGCAGUCUGCGAAGCGGUGGAUCUGUGCCUCGAAAACACAUUAUUCAAGUUUCUACUUAUCAAAUGUGUGUUCUCAUGUUGUUCAAUAAUCGGGAAAAAUGGACCUACGAGGAAAUCCAAAAUGAAACUGAUAUUCCUGAAAGAGAUUUAAUAAGGGCAUUACAAUCAUUGGCCAUGGGCAAAGCCACUCAAAGAGUGUUGCUGAAAACUCCAAAAACAAAAGAAAUCGAGCCAACUCAUGUAUUUAAUGUAAAUGAUAAUUUUACAAGUAAACUCCACAGAGUAAAAAUACAAACAGUAGCUGCCAAAGGAGAAUGUGAGCCUGAACGAAAGGAAACAAGAAGCAAAGUUGACGAGGACAGGAAACACGAAAUUGAAGCUGCAAUAGUUCGAAUCAUGAAAGCUCGGAAGCGUAUGGCACACAAUAUCCUUGUUACUGAGGUGACGGAUCAAUUGCGAGCAAGGUUUUUACCUUCUCCGGUUAUUAUCAAAAAACGUAUUGAAGGUCUAAUCGAACGUGAAUAUUUAGCUCGAACACCCGAAGACAGAAAAGUUUAUACAUACGUUGCUUAA